GGCGCGCUGGUCAGUCACUGACUCUGUUGAUCUCACAGCGUGAACAUCUUAUUGAUUUAGUUCUCGAGAGAUUGGGAGUAUAAGUUUGUCUUACAGUUUCUAAAAGUAUUUAAUUUCUCCGAAACUGACCAAUUCUGACAGUUUAUUUAAGACUCCCUUGGGUAUUUAAAUGAUGAUUUAUAUAACAUAUACAUUUUGUAUAUUAAUGAGACUUGUUGAGUAAUUGUCAAGUUACGGACAAAACUUAUACCAAAAAAAAUAUCAGUAUAGAUUUGGAACUGAUUUGCAAGUUCAGACAAACAUUUGAAACUGACAGUGUGAAAACCUCGUCAUAUCACAGUGGCAUCAGUGCUGCAGAAAUGAGACAGAGAAGUUUAAGGAGCAACGUAGUGACGGUAGUGUUCCUGGCGGCAACACUCCUCACCUCCGUCAGUCUAGAGCUGCCCCGCCACCACCAAGAACCUCAAUUACUGGAAACUGGAGUGGAUCCCGAAGGCACCAAGUAUGAUGUUGAAGAGCAACUAACUCCAGAUGUAUGGAAAAAUAAUGCUACGAUUAAUGCAGAGCAGGAGACUGGGAGAAACGAGACUUUAAAUGGCAAAGGUUGGGAGAACGCAAGUGAAACAGAUCAAGAGGAGAGGACAAACGAGACUCUAGACAACGAAGAUGGUAUAGACACAGUCAAAAGAAAAGAAAAGAAAGAGACACAGGAGGCUCUACAUGGUAAAAAUGGUAACAGUACAAAUAACUCAGAGGUGGAAGAAGAGAAAUAUGAGGGAACUAAGGAAGAGUCAUCACAAGACGAAGGCUGCAAGAAAGUAGUUGAGGAAAACUUAACUGGCGGGGAACACAAAGUAGUGAGCACAGACAGUAGUCUUGUGGCCUCUCUCCUCAUGGAUAUCCGGGAUGCACUCUACAUUAAGAAAAACAUCCAGGGUGACCAAGUCUCAAGAGACUGUUCGGAACAACGCCUCGACAAAAUCAGAGAUGAAACUGAAGGUUCUAUCAGCAGGAUUUCCAGUGAUUUUGAAAGGCUUAAAGAAAACAUGGACCAGAAAGUGAGUCUUGUACUUGAUACAUUUUCCACACUAAAGCUGCUGGUACUGAGUCAGGGGGAUCAGCUAAGGUCGCUGCAGGAGAGGCUAAAGACUGUGCACGAUCAAACAGAAAAUUUUCAAAUUGAAAUGGAUAAAUUCCAGAGGUCGCUGAAGGAAGUCAAUAACACUUUAAGGUCUCAAGAAAUGAAGGUAGAGAUUACCUCGUUUUAUAGUGACAACAGCCUUCCAGAAGAGCAUAUUCUAGACCCACAGGUAAAUAUCACGGACUACGAUGACAGAAUUCAAGAAACGAAGCCUGUACUCGACGAUUUGACCGCAGAAGUACAAAAGAUCACGGCAGCUGUCAAAUCGAUGAGGGACGAGUUGGAGGAAGUGAAGAAGAACAUCACCGACCAUACUGUUGUGUCCAAGACAAAUUCACUACAGCAAGCACAAAGAGACACUCAUACAAGUGUUAGUGAUUCCACAUCAUGCCAGUGUUCGACCGAUAAGUUCAGAGAAGCCAUAACAAAGAUAGAGGAAGUUCAGAAGGAACAUAACAACAAGCUAAACGAGAUUGCCAGGAACCUGACACUGAUGGAAGAUCAGCAGCACCAUACAGACAACAGGACCUGGAGCUACAGUCAACGUAUAGGAGAGGUGGAAGAUUCUUUCAUGGACCUGAAUUCAAUGAAACAUAAGGUCAAUACCGUACAGGAGGACUUGAGUAACUUGAAGAAAGAACUGGAGAGGAACACGACACAAGGAGUCAUUAAUGUUAUGAGGGACAGCACCAAUAUGGAAGGGUUGUGUGUGUGGCCGUACCGUCGAGGUGGAGGUGGGUGUUUCUAUGUGCAUACGGAGGAGCGCCUCUCCUGGCAGGGGGCGCGGGACCACUGCCGAAGCCUGCAGGGAGACCUGGCCUCACCCACACACUACAACCUCUUCAAGCUCUUCAUUCUCAAACUCAGAUUGAGCCGAGCUUACACAUACUGGAUAGGUGCCUCGGAUGUUGGAAAAGGUGAAUGGAUGUGGAUAGACGGACGGGUUGUGACCUCCGACGUGUGGGGCAACGGCCAGCCAGUGGAGCUCAACAACAAUUGCAUGGCACUCAAACCCAUCUAUAAAUUUGUGCCGUCAGCCGAGGCGUGUCGGGAGAGUAGGUUCUUUAUAUGUCAACAAGAACGGCAAUUGUGAUAAAUCUACAAGAAGCUCGGUAAAGCAGCACGUACAGUACAGUUGUGGACAAAAAAGAAUUCAGCAGGGGGGGAGGGAGUGUAAGUCACGUCUGUCUCAUAAUUAACGAUAAAAAUUAAUUUGUGGUGUGGAAAGAAAAUCACACUUUUUAUCGUCACCUAUAUGUAACGUUGCUAAGUCUCCAUCUACCCCUACCAUACACCACCUACCCUUACCCUCCCAUACACCACUACCCCUACCAUACACCACCUACCCUUACCCUC